GCUGUGGAUCACGCUCGCAGUGUGUCUCGCGUUUCCGUGCCGUGAACAACGUCAAAAUUGUGCGCAUUUAAAAAUAAACUUUGGCAAAAGUCAAAUAAAAACGUGCGCAUAUAAAUAAACUCAAUAAAUGUACGCAACUCUACGCACAUUACACAUAAACAAUUGAGAGCCAUGGGCAGCAGCACCGAAGCACCACCGCCGGCAACACCAGCCACAACAACAACAACACCCACGAUCGAUAUACAAAAUCCUUCGAUGAAUACCAAAGCUGAUCCUGAUGAAAUUACGCUCGAUUACAUACUGAAGCAUAUUGGACAAUUCGGACGCUUUCAGCUGGUCAUCUUUCUGCUGAUCUGUUUGCCAAUGAUGUUUCAUGCCAUGUUCUCCGUGACGUAUGUUUUCACGGCUGGCACUGUGGUGCACAGAUGUAAUAUUACAGAGUGUGAUGGACCCGAUAGCCGAUAUGAGGAGCCGUGGACAGAGUAUAGCAUACCAAAGAAUGGCAAGGAUAUGGAUAGAUGUAAUCGCUAUGAAAAUGCUCAACUUUCCAGCUGGAAUCAAUCGCAGGAUAUUUGUACACUCGAUAAUUAUAAUAGUCAGAAAAUCGAGAGUUGUCCCAACAAUGAGUUCGUUUUCUACAACGAAGAAAUUACGAUUUCCAAUGACUUUGGUAUUUACUGCGACGAUGAAUGGAAACUAUCACUUGUGGGCACAAUCAACAAUCUCGGACAAUUCUUUGGAAUACCCCUUGGAGGUCUUGUGGCUGAUCGCUAUGGACGCAGCUUCUCUAUUGCAUUGGGUGGCACUUUGGGUGCCAUUCUGGGUAUUGUGCGCUCCUUCUCGCCCAGCUAUGUUUGGUUCCUGAUCUUUGAGUUCCUCGACAACAUGACGAGCAGCACACUCUACUCGACGUGCUUCGUCAUUGGCAUUGAACUAGUGGGCCCCAAGCGUCGUGUGCUGGCCUGCAGCGUCAUCACAAUCUUUUAUGCAGUGGGCGAAGUGGCCUUGGCCAUGUUUGCCAAGACCUUUCUCAAUUGGCGAAGCCUGCUGCAAAUCGCCUAUGGACCAUCGUUCAUAUUGGUCGCCUACUUUUGGAUUCUGCCCGAGAGUGUGCGCUGGCUGUUGAGCGUGGGUAAGGAGGAGCGUGCCAAGAAUAUUCUGCGCAAAGCGGCCACGGUGAAUAAGCGCAAGUUGUCUGAGAGUGUGCUGGACAAAUUGGUUAUAGCCAAUCAGGAGAAACUGCAACAGUCCGAGGAGAGUAAAUUCCCUAUUCGCGAGGCAUUCAAAAACUUCAAAUGGCGCAUUGCCAACUGCUCCUUGUGCUGGAUCGUUCAUGUGCUUGUCUACUAUGGACUCAGCUUGAAUGUGGUGCUGCUGGAUGGCGACAAGUACAAUAAUUUCGCAUUCAUAGCGCUCGUCGAGAUUCCUGGCUUCUUUUUGCCUCUGCUAAUCAUGGAUCGCUUUGGCAGACGUUACUCUUUGUGCGGUUUAAUGCUCCUCAGUGGCAUCUGCUGCAUUGGCACCAUAUUUGUUGCCGGAGAUGAGAAUGUCUGGCAGCUUGUGCUCUUCUUGAUUGGCAAGCUGACCAUCACGGCCAGUUUUCAGGUUCUCUACUUCUUUGCCUCGGAGAUCUUUCCGACCAAUCUCAGAAAUAGUCUGCUCAGCUUCUGCUCGAUGAUGGGAAGAUUUGGUUCAAUGCUUGCACCACAGACUCCCCUGCUGGCCAAGUAUUAUUCGAAUGCUCCCGCCAUUCUGUUUGCCUGCGCUGCCAUCUUCAGCGGGUUGCUAACUCUCUUCUUCCCCGAGACCACAAAUCUUGUGUUGCCCACAACGUUAAAGGAAGCGGAUGCCAUUGGAGUCAAGAAGAAGCCCUCGCAGGGCAAAGAACUCAACUUAUCUGCAUAGAAGUACCGAUUAUAAAUAUAGCGAUUUUAGUAUUAAGCUCAAAAACAAGACAAUUGAAAGACAUAUCCAUUGUAUAUUAUGAAAUAUACUCUAUUUUAAAUAUAAACGUAAA